CAGGAAGCACCAGCUUUGCCGUGCCCUCCCCAUAGCAUCUGCACAGAGAUGCACAGGCUGAGCCCUUGGGUGCUGAUGCUGCAGGAGGGGCCACAGCACAGAGCCCCCCGAGCACACUACCUGCUGCGGCUCAGUUCCUGUGUGGCUCUAAGGAAGAGGAAAGGGGAAACAGGCUCAACAGCCAGGGUCAGUCAUGCUGUGGGGCCGAUGUUGUUAACCUAAUGCUGCUAUUUCACAGGCUUUCCAUGCUAAAAAUAGGACCCAUGUGCUCUGCUCCCAGACCCAUAGUUUCAUCGUGGUCAAGAUCUGCUGUCGCAACACUGCGUCUUCCUGUGAGAAAGCGAGGGAAGAAAACACACCAGAUGAGGCUCUGCGGGACAGGGUGAGGCAAUGCCCUGUGUCUCUCUGCCCAUGAGGAGGGCACACCAGCACCUCCCUCACCUCUCCUGAGGCCCUGUCCCAUCACCAUGUGCCAGCAGUGGGAGGCAGAGGACACCAAGACCCUGGUAGGCUGGUGUCAGUAAACAUCCCUGGGGAGCACCGUGCGAGCUGCAAUGCAUUUCAUCCUGGCACUGCUACUCAGCAAUGCCGUAAGCGCCCAGACCUCACUGCUGGAGAGCUGCCAGCGAGGAAGUGAGAAAACAGCACGAGCGUCAUCGGUGCCGUGCCACGUAGUGGCAGCUCGCGGGGCUGAGGCAGGCUGAGAGCUGCGGAGGCAGGAGAAAAUGCCAGGCGAGCACAUUGGGUUGUGGCAGAAGUGGUAACACCUGCAGGGGGACACAGGAAGGGCUCUGCAAGCAGCCAUGUGUGCCAUGGAGCAGCUGAUGGGCAGCCAGAAAACUGCAGGGAUCCUGACCCAGUGGUGUUCAGGAACCUCCAGGAGCCAUGCGAGGUCUCUGCAGAUUGCACUUUGUCGUAGCUUUGCCCACCUGUAGCUGAUGCUGAGUUGCUCUGCCAUAUCCUGCUGAACCAGCAUGUCACGGCCACCUGCUUUGUGCCUGCUGACAGUCCCUGCCUUGAAGCCUCUCAGGACUGACGAUAGAAGUAGCUGCCCUCACCUGCUGUAGGGUGACUGCAGCACUGAGCUGUGAAUGGGAAGCGUGGUGCUGGAGGGAUGCUACCAACUGAGUGACCUCCAGGGUUGAUUUUGACUGCCUGUGGUUAAUACUGGUAGUGAUUGCCUUGCCAUGGACCAGAGGAGUGUGCAUUAUCCUCAAACACUGUCCGAAAAAAAUAAGUGGUUUCUGUACAUUGCUGAAACUAUCAAAACUCAGGAACUGGAUCACUUUGAAAACGACAGCACUAACAAGGGUCAUGACAUGGAGAUGAUGGUGGUUAGGGAUCAAAGAGCUGGGUGUACUAAUAGGUCAGCAACUACCUAUAAGCAUUCUCCAAAGGGCAGCCACAAGAAAGGCAAGAGAAGCCUGGAAACCUUAGGAGAGGUAUUUAGCCAAACUCUAUGCUGCCUGUACAUUGGCAAGGAGUUAAUCUCAAUUAACUGUAACGUGCAGACUGACAGUGCACAAAUACCCCCAGAAGCUGCUCUUAGACCUGGAAGCAGAUCCUAAGAUCUUAGAACCAGAAAGCUGGAAGCGUUUGCCCAAGACAGCUGGUACCAAGAGCAGGGCCUUUGAACUUGCUGAACAAGAGCUCAGAUGAGCUUUCCUUGCAGGUGGAGUUGCAAUAGGAUGGCCACCAAGGAGCCCCUGGCCAGCAGGCACCUGCACCCCAGGGCAGACACAAAUUUGGCAGGUCACAAGGUCACGGUGCCACGUUCUCUCAGAAUUGCUGGCUGAGGAGGACUAUGGGAGAUGAGACUUACCGUGAUUCAGACUGAAACCGAGUUAUGAAAAACUGUCUGCAAACCACAGCCCUCACCUCUCCAACAGCUCUGCGAAUGGGACCAGGGGCCAGCCGAGGCUGCUGUGUCCCGGGGCUCAGCACAGCGAUGGCGUGUGGCAGUCCCGAUGGCAGAGAGAGGACCUCAGGGAUCCUCCAGGACAUUUCCCCUCCAAGUGGGUGAGGAAGGCCGAUGGGCAUCGCCCAGUGAGGCGUCAGGUGCUGAAUGAACCCAAGAAGAACCCAAAGCCAAGAAUCCAUCACCAGAAGAACUGCUGUGGUGCCACAUGGCAGGCAGGCUCCUCAAUCAACAGGGGGUGGUACAAGCCAUGGCAGUGGCAACAGAGGAAGCUCAGCCCUGGGGAAAUGCGUUGAAGACGGGCGGGGGUGCUUCCUCCACCAGCCUUGCUGCUGCCACAGCCACCAGCGAGUGGUCAUCGCAGAGCACCUUGCUGGUCCCAUGCCAGGAGCAGCGCUGCAAGGGAUCAUCGCACCUGCAGGCCACCCCGCAAUGGGUCAAGGAGCAGCCAACCUCUCCGAGGACAGCGAGCAAGCAGGAGCUGUGCCUCUGAAUAUCACCACAAUGAACCAGAACAGCUGCAGUAUCACAGUCUAUGAAAACUUCCCGCUUGUCCAGCUGGGUGUUUACAUUCCCGUUUUGAUUUUGGGCAUUUUUCUGAACGUGUUGGCACUCUGGGUGUUCUGCUGCAAGCUCAAAAAAUGGACAGAAACCAAAAUAUACAUGGUCAACUUGGCUGUGGCCGACUGCUUGCUGCUCUUCACUUUGCCUUUUAAAACAUUAUCCAAUUUCCAACACAUGAAGGCAGGUAGAUGGUGUCUGAUUCUGGAAAGUGGCUAUUUCAUAAACCGCUUAAUGAGCACCAGUAUCAUCACUGUCGUGGCAGCCGACCGGUACCUUGCCAUCAAGUAUCCUUUGAAAGCCAAAGUGCUGAGGUCACCAGUGCAGGCAUCUUUUGCAUGUGGAUUUCUUUGGAUAGUCACCAUCUCUGUGAUGUCCCUUAUUAAAAUGAUAGAGAAUCGAGAGCAAGAUGAACUUUGUUUCGAAAAAUCCUCUGUUAAGCCCUCAGUAACUGGUCUGUGUGUUAUCAUUGGAGGGUUUUUCAUACCACUGAUCAUUGUGAUUUAUUGCUCCGUACAAGUCAUUGCAGAACUCUUGAAAAAGAAGAAUGAAAACUGUCACGAGAAAAAGCUCAUCAGGAAGGCUGCCUACAUUGUGACCGCAAACAUGGCAGUGUUCACCAUAUGCUUUUUGCCUCUUUACUUUGGACAUCUCCUUCGCUUUAUAAUGGACUCCAUCAGCUCCAGCUGCCCUGCCAUACAGAGGGUUAACAACUUUGUUCACCUUGCCUCGGUCCUUGCAAAUACAAACUGCUGCCUUGAUGCUAUUUGUUACUACUUUGUAAACAAGGAAUUUAAGGAAGCAUCUCCCAAGCUAGUGAAGUCCAAAUCUGAAUCCACUGAAGAUGUUGAAAUUCAUCUUUCCACAUAUUAGAAUAAAAUGCAUGCGGCACACAUUGUGUCUCCAUAUGCAACUGGUACUCAAUAAAAGGCUCAAUAUUAACACUGAAA